AUGCAACUCAGAAUUAAUGAUCAUCAUGUAAUGACAGAUAAUCAUGGAGAAACUGCUCUUCAUAAAGCAGCGAGUAAUAAUUGUAAAGAAGUAGCAAAGCUUCUGAUUUCAAAUGAUUCAAAUAUCAAUAAGUCGCACAACUUCUUAAUAGCACUGUGUAAAUACUAA